AUGGAUGUUAAUGUAUAUUCGUAUCCUCACGGAGAUCCUUUAUUAAUUGAUAAAAUCGUUAACGAAUUCCUUUCGCAAGGAAAAUUCGAUAAAUUAAGAAAAGAAUGCAUGUCUGAUGCGGAUACAAAGCCUGCUUAUCAAAAUUUACAACAAAGAGUUGAAGGUACAGUAACACAGUUUUUAAGUAAACAAGUAUGGAAACCAGAUUUGAACAAAAACCAAUUAAGGGAUUCCUUAAGAAAACAUAUUCUAGAUUCAAAUUUCUUUGAUGCUGGCAUCAAUAGAAUAGUAGAUCAAGUGGUUAAUCCGAAUGUUUUGGGCACAGUAUUUUUACCUGAAGUCGAAGAAGUUGUGUAUAAUUAUUUGAGCAUUCCUAAACCAACUGAUCAUUUUCAAAAAAAAGUGUCAUCAUCCAACAGUGAAAUUGAAAAUCUUAAACCACCUGGAAGUGAAAAUUACAAUUUGAAUGAUGAUUUUGAAAUUAAAAUAAAAGAAGAAAAUUCUAAAAGUGAUUUUAAUGAAAAAGAAAAUAUGACUGAUUUAAAAUUUUCUGCUCAACAAAAAUUAGAAAAUGCAGAAAAAAUGGAGGAGGUAUCUUUGGAAAAUCAAAAAGAUUUUGGAAAAAUGGAUAUUGUAUCUGAUGAAAGUCAAGAGUCUUGUAGUCAAUUAGGAGUAGAAAAGCUGCGCAUAAACGAAAUGGAACCUUCAAAUUCUUUAGACUCAGAUAAUUCUUUGCGAUUAGAAAUCAAUGAGAAAUCGAUGAGUGAGAGCAGAGAAAGUGAUGAUUCGAUUAUGAAUCAAAUGAGUCCAAUAAGUCAAGGUCGAUUGACCCCUGAACUAUCAGAAACUGAUAAGCCAUAUGAGGAUGAUGCAGAAAAUUCAAAAAUGUUAAAUUUCAUAGGACGUAUUCCUAAAAUAAAACCAGAAGAUUUAGAAUCUGCUAGGAUGUCUAAUAAAAAUGAAGGAAUAAUUAGUGAAAGAAAAAAUGCAAAUUCUUCCGAUGAGUCUAACGAUAGAGAAAGAGAAAAGGAUAAAGUUAAGGAAAAAGAUAAUGACCGUGAAAGAAAGAGUCGAGAGGAUAGAGAUUCGAAAUCGGAUAAAAGUCGAGAUAAAUUUUAUAGUUCGAAAAAAAAUUAUUCGUCGACAACUUUUUCAUCGUCCAAAGACAAAAGUUCCAAAUAUCACAAACGUUCCCAUCAAAGCCGUCAUAGGGAUUUGGAUUUUAAAGAUGAUUCGCAUAGUAAAAAGAAAAAAAGCGAGGAAAAGAAAAAAAAUAAAAAUACGGAUGAUCACGGCAAAGAGCGUAACAAAAAAGAUGGGAGAAGGUCAACGGAUCGAGACAGUCACGAAAGAGAUAAAUCAGGCGGAAGCAGAAACAAAAUGGAAAAUAAAAAUAAAGAAAGAGAACAAGACGGAGAAGAAAUCAAAAGGGAAAAAUCGCAAAAUAACGAAUCGGAAUUCGAUAAAGACGUGGAAGUAAUGCACGGAGAAGCGGAAGAAGUGGUUUUAGAAAUGAACGAAGAUUGGAUUCCUUCGGAUGGAGAACAAAUUUUAUUAGUCAACGAAAACUGGAUUUGCUCGGAAGAGUUUACCGUGGAAAAAACUAACAAAUGCGAAGAAAACGUUGAAAUUGUUAAUAAGGAAACAUCGAAUGAGUCUGUUGUAGAUAAAAUUUUAGACAUAAAAAAACUCGUUCAGGAAAGAGCUUUGACAAAGGUCAAAUUUCCAAAAUUGAUCGAUGAUUUUUACGUUAAAUUCAAUUCGACUGGAUUUAAAUAUUUCGAAGAAUGGGAAAAAUGUAAAUUGGAUUGCGAGGAAGAAUUUAAAGAUUUCGUCGAUGAAGCUGAAAAUGAUUUGACUCUCAUAUCAGACGACGGUUCAGAUCCCGAAAGUGAUUUUAAUUUCGAAGAAGAAAACGCGAAAAUAAUAACGAAUAUGUUUAAGGGCCUUGGAAAUUUCAAAAACAGCAUAAUUUUCGAUCCUCUCACGUCUGAAUUUUACAAAUGGACAAAUUCAAAACAUUAUGAAAAAUAUCAUAAUAAAGAUAAGAAAAAAAAAUGGCGUCGGUGUGUAGUGGAAAAAAACGAAUCGGACGAUUCGGUAAAAGAAAACAUAAACAGGGUUAAAGUGAAUUCAAGCGAUUUUGAUUUUCAACGUGAGAAAAACAAAGAGAAUUUAGCCAAAGAAAAAAAAGCACUUCAUUUGAAAUUAUUAAACAGGUACAAGAGAAAAGCUUUGAGACAGGGUAAACCUAGGAAAAGGCAAAAAAAGAAACCAUUGCACGAGGGAAUAAAAGAGAAAAAUAGAAAUUCAAAUCAUCAUUUGACUUACGGAAAUUAUCAAUUGAAUAACAAAACGCGAAUUUUCGAGUCGGAAACGUAUCGCGAAACGGACGCCACGUUUUCAAAUUCGAACAUUUCCGAAAUAACUUCGAGACUAACGGAAAAAACAAAAAACAAUUCGAACAAAUUUAAUUUCAGCGGAAAACAAAACGAUAAUGAUGAAGUUUCGGUGAAAAACGCGACCGCGACGAACGAUUACGAUGAUGUUAAAUCAGAAGAAUAUUUAAGAAGUGAAAAAGACGUUAGUAAAAGUGUCAAUAACCGGAAAUCGGAAGUAGACGAUAAACUCGUCGAAGCGCUAUUGGUCGGGUCAGAAGACAUUAAUAUUUUAGAAAUUCAGAAACAUGGGAAAGAAGAAUCUCGAGGAUUGGAAAUGACGGAUUUAAAUUCGAAAAAUCAUCAUUAUCAAAAUAGCAAAGGGGAAAAUGAUAAAAAUAACGCUUACAAUCAACAAAAAUGUUCACUGCCAUUGAGUCCGGAAAGCGACGAUUGCGUGUCACUAAAAGAUGUUGUUGUGGUCGCGCCUAAAAAACAAUGCAAACGAAAUUAUUGUCAAAAAUAUGAUAGUUUGGAUUUGUAUAAACCUCGUCCCGUGUUAAACAGUAGCAGAUCUAGAAACUUGUAUUAUUUAUAG